AUGGUGAUCACCAGGAGCCAAGGUGACGCAGCUGACGCGGAAGAACGAAGACGGCUUCAAGAUCGUCAGGAAGAAGAAGCGCAACGUCAGAUCGAACUAGAACGACGACUACGCCUACACCCUGACCCUCCGGCGUCACCCAUACUACACCGAUCCUAUAUGGGUGAACGGAGCGGCGAUCUAAGGGUUGAUCCAUUACUCCCUACGACGACCGCCACAGAUCUUUCGUCGGGGCUUCCGAUCCAUGAAGACCGUCGAAGAUCGCCAACAAUGUCGCAACGCUCGAACGUCAGCGUGAACUCGCGACUAAGGCUGGCAGAACUAAAAGCAGCAGAACGGUUGGCUGCCAUUAAGAAAAAGGAACUUGAACUGGAGGCAGACCUCGUGAAGAAGCGGCUAGCAGCCGAGGUAUCUGCCAUCAACGAUGACCGGGAGAGCCUACCCGAUGUUCCUUUUACCCCUGCUCAAGAACGUGAGAAGGUGGUCGAGUGGUUACACUCAAACCCUCCUGAACCACGGGGGGAGAUUGUAGGUGGCCAGCGCAACGAACCUAGGGCCACCCAACGAACUAGAUCGCCGACGCCAACCAGAAGAAGUGGCAUCGAACAGCUGGCAGCGACAUUAGAGAAAAUGGCGCGACCACGUUUACGGCAUACCGACCUACCGAUCUUCUCGGGUGACGUAAACGAGUGGUUGCCGUUUUAUGCCGCUUACAAGGAUACAACGAACAUGUAUGGCGUGUCGUCGGCAGAAAAUAUUCAGCGAUUAAGAAGCUGCCUCAAGGGAGAAGCAAGGAACGCUGUCGCGGCGCUACUUCAUGCAGCGUCAGACCCUGACACCAUUAUCAAGACACUAGAACAGUGUUUCGGCAGGCCGGAAGUGCUCAUAGACCGAGCGCUAGACGAAUUAAAGAGGCUGCCAAAGCCAGGGUCAUCGGCGACCGAACUGAACGCGUUCGCUAUUAAAGUGCAGAACACGGUGUGCGUUCUGCAGACAAUAGAUAAGAGGGGUUACCUCUAUAACCCUCUCUUAGCACGAGAAAUCUUAGACAAGUUGAGUCCGCAUCUGCGAUCCAGAUGGUGCGAUUACGCACACGAACAUGAAGACGCAACAGAUCCUGAGAUAACGUUGUUGUCACGAUUCCUUAUGCGCGAAGCUGAUCGAACGCUACGCUUCGCAUAUGCACCAGCAACGAGCACAAGCACGACGAACGCAGCCAAACGGGAGAUCAGACCUGACGUCAUGAUGAAAAAGAAAACGCAACCCGUCUACGCUGUCGCCGAGUACGCAGGAGGUACCAUCGUCUGCCCUAGCUGCGAGCAGCAGCACUCGUUGCCAGAGUGCCCGAAAUAUAAGGAACUCGCUGUCGAACAGCGGUGGGAGCUGGUGAAAGAAAAGAAGAUCUGCUUCAGAUGUAUUAGAAGCAAACACAGGCGCAUCGUAUGCAGAGCCAAGGCAUGCGGUGUGAAUGGGUGCCAACGACCUCACCACUCCUUACUGCAUGAAGAGGUCAAGCCAGACCCUGAGGAGAAGUCCGACGAAGAAGCUGUACUGUCGGUAGCGCCCAGAUCAGCUACCGGCCCUAGAAGUGUUCUUCUGAAGAUCUGUCCCGUGGUAAUUAGCGGUCCACGGGGGGAGCUCAAGACCCACGCGCUGCUGGAUGAAGGAGCAACGACGACCUUGAUCGACGAAAGCCUAGCUCAACUGAUCGGAGCCGAAGGCCCUUCAGAACCGCUGCACCUUCAUGGCGUGAACAUGGAACAGAACGAACAUUCCAGCCGACGAGUCUCCUUAUCGAUUCGGGGUCUUAAAGAAGAAAAGUCUUUCGAUUUGAAAGCGCGAACUAUACGAGAUCUACGUCUGCACAGGCAGUCCAUAACCAAAGAUCUUUUGAAGGGCGAACAUCUGGAAGACAUAGAUAGUGAAGAAAUAAGCUACGAUGAAGCUCGCCCAGGCAUCCUAGUGGGGACAGACCACUGGGAAUGUAUCGUGUCCCGUGAGUUACGAGUUGGCCGCCCUGAUCAGCUAGCGGCAUCACGAACACAGCUCGGUUGGGUGGUACACGGAACGGUGCCACGAACGAUAGCACAGACCGAACGCGUGCUACAUGUAUACGAACCGAUACAACAAUGCACGAACGACCAAGAUCUGCGCGAACUGAUGGAAGAUCAUUUCACGACCAAAGCUUUCGGAGUCUCACAGAAGUCACACGUCAGCGAUGAAGUACAACGAGAAAUUAAUAUCGUCGAGAAAUCCAUUAAGAGGAUCGAUGGAGGCUGCAAGAAAGGGCUGCUGAGGAAACAUGACCAUCAUAUUGCCAACAAGAGAACCGAUUUCCGAACUGAUUAUAUAACAGCAGUCUACUGGGUACGCCACGAUGCUCGACGAUACACACCCUUCGUCGCCCACAGACUCAGAGAGAUAACUGAGCUUACGCAGAAGCACGAGUGGAGUUGGCUUCCCACCGAUCUAAACGUAGCCGACAAUGCGACCCGCCUAUCUAAUAGUGUAACCAACGUGAACGAUCGUUGGUUCCGGGGUCCUGCUUUCUUGCGUGAGCCAGAGUCUGAGUGGCCCACCGAAAUAAUAUCUGAACCGAAAGAGGCGGAAGUUAUGCACGUGACAGAAGAUAAGAGGAAGACGAACUCCUGGCUACCUGAUCCAGAACGCUUCUCUAAAUACGAAACUCUCGUCGGGGCAACAGCGCGAGCGAUCGCUUUCGUCGACAUCGGGAUUCGCCGAUCUGCUACGCGUCUCGAAUGUCGUCACCUGGAACAAGCGGAGAGACUGCUCAUCCAACACGCGCAACGGCAAUGCUUCGGCGAAGAGAUGAACCGUAUUGAAGCAGGUCGACCUAUACAGAAAUCAUGUAGACUGUACAGACUGGAUCCGGUGAUCGAAGACGGAGUACUCAAGGUCCGAGGACGCAUCGAAGCCGCGUCCACUCCAGCGAGCGUCAAGCGUCCGAUCAUCCUGGACGAGCGACAUACGCUCACAAAGCUGAUCGUGCUUCGCAAACAUUGUGCUGCAGGUCACGCAAUUAGAGAACGCGGGAUAAAUGAUCUUCGGCAGCGCUACUGGAUCAUUCAUCUCAGACCAACGGUGCGCACAGUGGAACGGAACUGUGCAUUUUGUCGCGUGCGCCGAACCAAGCCGCGACAACCAGUCACCGGAGACCUGCCGCGAGCACGACUCGAUCCAUUUCAUCGUCCUUUCACCAAUUGUGGAGUCGACUACUUCGGACCGAUGACAGUGAAGAUAGGAAGACGCCGCGAAAAGAGGUGGAAUACACUUUUCACGUGUCUCACCUCACGCGCCAUCCAUAUAGAGAUAGUAGCAUCACUGUCAACAGACUCAGCAAUCAUGGCCCUACGUCGGAUGGCGGCGCGAAGAGAAUGGCCACGACUUAUGUACUCGGAUAACGCUACGAACUUCAGAGGAGCCGACAUAGAACUGCGGACUGCAUACACCGAGUGGGCAUCUGAACUUCGAGGAGAGGGACUGCGGCACCGAAUGGAAUGGCGGUUUAUUCCUCCCGGUGCGCCCAACCAAGGCGGCGCCUGGGAGAGGUUAAUCAGAUCAGUCAAGACCGCACUGAAUGCUGCGAUGAAAGAACAAGCGCCUACAGAAGAGGUGCUUCGAACUGUGUUGACUGAAAUCGAGUUCUCAGUCAAUGCCAGACCACUGACACAUGUAAGUGUCGACCCCCUGGAGCCAGAGGCGCUUACCCCGAACCAUUUUUUAUUGGGGUCAUCGACGGGAAUUCCAACCAACGGAUCGUGCGACGCAGAGGAUCGACGGACUUGGCGCGCCAGCCAAGCGCUUGCCGACCACUUCUGGCGGCGAUGGGUACGAGAGUACCUGCCGACUCUCGUACCACGCGGCGAGUCCGGAAGAGGAGAACGACCACUGCAGACCGGAGACAUCGUAGUCAUCGCCGACCCAACGCUGCCACGGAACGUGUGGCCACUGGGGGUUGUCUCGCAGACAUAUCCGGGACCCGACGGCGGCGUCAGAGUCGUCGAUGUCAAGACCAGAACAGGAGUCUUCAAGCGGACCGUCAGUAGGAUCGUCGCCUUAGGAAUAGAAGAGGCUACGCAAGCUGCGCCGGGGGGAGAGCUGUUGGCGACGUAG